AUGUCAAUGUUUGCUAUUACAAGAAGUGCAACUGUGAGUUGUGGAUUUUUAGGCUUAAGAUUAACGCGCAGAUAUAUUUUUACGUACAAAAUGAGUGAAAAACCCGCAGAUUAUAGUUUAACCAAUGGGUUUGAGAGCAAAACUCCUUUCUUAAUAGGUGUUGCAGGGGGUACUGCUAGCGGCAAGUCAACAGUAUGCCAGAAAAUUAUGGAGAAGCUUGGCCAGCAACAAAAAGAACAAACAGAUAGGCGAGUGGUAUGCAUAAGUCAAGACUCAUUCUAUCGUAGUCUUACACCUUCCGAGAGGGUUCGGGCCGAAAGAGGUCAAUUCAACUUUGAUCACCCUGAUGCAUUUGAUGACAAGAAAUUAUUGGCCAUAUUAAAAGAAAUUCUUGCUGGCAAGAAAGUUGAAGUUCCUGAAUAUGACUAUGUUACAAAUUCUAUAAGUGAUCGUUCGCACACUAUCUACCCGGCUGAUGUGGUGCUAAUUGAGGGAAUCCUGGUGUUCUACUUCCCAGAAGUAAGGGACCUGUUCCACAUGAAACUUUUUGUUGACACUGAUUCAGACACAAGACUUGCUAGAAGAGUACCACGUGAUAUAAUGGAGCGCGGACGGGACUUAGAGCAAGUACUCAACCAGUAUAUGAAUUUCGUCAAACCAGCGUUUGAAGAGUUUUGCCUGCCGACCAAAAAAUUCGCGGACGUCAUCAUUCCACGCGGAGCCGACAAUUUAGUGGCUAUUGACUUAAUUGUCCACCAUAUUUGGGACAUUAUGUACAAGAAACGACCACGUGUCAACGGUUGUAAUGGCUUCGACGAAGACGGCAGGCGCCUCUCGGGAAGCUCGGAAGAUACGCUUAGCCGAUGA